GCAGCUAAUAAAUGCCCAGCACUGAUCGCAUCCUUUCAUCACCGAAAGAGGGCUAAUAAUAUUUUGAUCUCGUACUCAGCAUUCUCUUCUGCCAUUCAAGAAUGGAAUCCAUUCCUCUUCUUACUCCCUACAAGAUGGGGAAGUUCGACCUCCCUCACAGGAUCGCUAUGGCCCCAAUGACAAGAUGCAGAUCUUACGGCAACGUUCCUCAGCCUCAUGCUGUUCUCUACUACUCCCAGAGAGCCACCAACGGAGGUCUCCUGAUCACAGAGGCAACAGGGGUCUCAGACACUGCUCAAGGAUACCCAGAGACUCCUGGAGUGUGGACGAAAGAGCAAGUGGAGGCAUGGAGGCCAAUUGUGGAUGCUGUUCAUGCAAAGGGCGCCGUGCUCUUCUGCCAGCUCUGGCACGUUGGGAGAGUUUCCCACAAUGGUUACCAGCCGAAUGGUCAAGAUCCGAUCUCCAGCAGCGACAAGCAGAUUCCGAUCGAAGCACUGCCCGAGGGCAACGAAGUCUACUCUCGUCCUCGCCGGCUGAGCAUCGAGGAGAUCCCUGAAAUCGUCGACUGGUUCAGGGCCGCCGCCAGGAACGCCAUUGAAGCUGGCUUCGAUGGAGUGGAGAUCCACGGGGCCAAUGGCUACUUGAUCGAGCAGUUCCUGAAGGACAGCUGCAACGACCGCACCGACGAGUACGGCGGCAGCAUAGCCAACCGCUGCCGGUUCGCGUCGGAGGUGGUGGAGGCGGUGGCCGACGAGAUCGGAGCCGACAGAGUCGGGAUCCGGCUGUCGCCGUUCUUGGACUUCAUGGACUGCUGGGACUCCGAACCGGAGGCGCUCGCCUUGCGCGUCGUCGAGGAGCUCAACAAGCACGGCAUCCUCUACUGCCACAUGCUAGAGCCGAGGAUGGAGAUGGUGGACGGCAAGUUGAAGAUCCCUCACAAGCUGCUGCCGAUGAGGAAGGCGUUCAAGGGGACCUUCAUCGUCGCCGGAGGGUACGAUCGCGAAGAGGGCAACAAGGUCGUGGACGAGGAUUACGCCGAUCUGGUGGCGUAUGCUCGGCAUUUCUUGGCAAAUCCCGACUUGCCGAAGAGAUUCGAGCUCGAUGCGGCGCUGAACAAGUAUGACAGGAACACCUUCUACACUCAGGAUCCGGUCGUUGGAUACACCGAUUACCCUUCCCUUGAAGAUUCUUCCUAGAUUAUUCGUGCCAGUUCAGUUCAGUUCUGUUCUGUUCUGUUCUGUUCUGUUCCGUUCCGUUCCUAAUUGUUCUAAUAAAAAUGCAGCCUGCGUGCUGUCGUCGUCGUCCCUUCAGUUUUAUUAUGUAUUAAUUCUCGGAUUUAAAGAUGGAUUUUGAAUGAUAGAAAACCUUCGAACAAA